GAAGGGAGGAAACAAAUAUGGCGCUGCUCUAUUGCUAUUGGUCCUAAUCGAUUUGACAUCGUCGGCUAUGGUUUUACCAAGACCACCAUCCUCGCCUAAUCACAUACACGAAGAUCACGAAAUAAACGAUAGAAAAAUUUACGAGGGUGGUAAAUCUGUUCACGGUUACUUUCAAAAUACUAACGUAGAGAGACCUGACACGGACAAUAAUUAUAGGCUUGUGGAAAUAGAAGUCCAGAGUACUGGGGACGUAGACCCAGAAAAUCUUCAAGGAUUGGUCCACGUAGUAUUGAAGAAUCAACAAACGUUACAAUCCUCAAACGACAGUUACCCUAAUCCCGAAGUAGUACCAAACUCGAUAUUAGGUGUAAGGAAUAUUGGUAUAUCAUCGAACUUCCGUUUGGAUGGUUACGACGAAUCAGAGAAAAGAGUAUUAUUGAGUCCACCAAAGUUACACAAUCUCGAUGAAAAAUUAUAUUAUUUGAAAAACGGUAAACCAAAGGUUUACGUUAACGUAAGAGGUAACAGCGGCACUUUCAGGAAAAUAGAAACAGGCCCUAGAAGUACUUUCAGCGAAGGUCCGUUGGAUUAUCUUCGCGUAACUAGACCCUUCGAAAUGCAAACCGAUUGGAAAACUAAACACGAGAAAAAAGUUAAACCACCAAAAAAGUUUGAUCGACGGGUUCACAAUACCGACAAUUUGGAGGAUACGAAAAAUUCUGUACAAAAUUCUGAAGUCAAUGGUAUGAGAGAACAUGCAUGGGCUUUGGGUUCUGAACAUUUGUCGACCACGGAAAAUUCAAUGGUAACUUCUAGUGAAUUACCUAAACAAAUACCAGCCCCACCUAGCAAAGUAUCCGGUAGACUUCGUAUGGCGCAAACUACGCCUGUACAAAGGUAUUCUUUAAGAAGGACCGAAGUUUUGCCAAGUUAUAGGGUUUACGAGGAUUGACCAAAUUCCUGGCUAAAUACCAUGAAAAGUUAUUGUCCAGGAGUUGUUCUUGUUGUUGUUGUUAUGGAAAUCGUCGUUAUCGUGGAUUUUCCAAGCUGAAGAUUAUAGAUCAUGCUAGGUUUGCUAGAGGUGUCCAAUCUUUCAGCAUUUUAAAACAAAAAUUUAUGCCCGGCAGCAUAUUCCAAAAUUAUACUAAUUCUAAGGAUAAAAAUUAUGACGCAUAAAAAUAAGUUAAUAAUUUUGUAAAAAAACUUAUUACAAUUUUUAUAAUAUGUUGAUUGCUAUGUGGCUUGCGGGUUGGAUACUCCUGGUCUAAGGCAUUAACAGAAACGCCAAAUGAUGAUGAAAAAAACGAUGAGUUCACUAUAUAUAUUGCCUUUCAACAUUUUCAUACGAUGAAUUAAUUUGACACUAAUAAAACGAUCCUGAGAUAUUGUUCCUACAAAUAAUUCUCGAUCAAUUUUGGCCGUGGUUUCGAGAAUAAAAUUAGUCGUUCGAAUAUAAUUGUAAAUGUGUCAUGUAAAUUUGUAAAUUUGCAUAAAAGUUGAUGAGCUAGCUGUGAUUCUUUUUUUCUUUCAGACAAAAAAUCUUGCCUCUUACUUUUUUUGUUGAAAAAAGAAAAGAAAAAAAACAAAAAAGUGGACGUUAACGUGGAAAUUUACUUGGAUCAAUGUUUAGCAAAAAAAGAAAAAAAAAAGAAAAAAAAAGAAAAUAAAAGAUUUACACACAGAUCGGUUAUUUAUAAUA